UCUUACCAACAUUAUAACCAAUGAUCCGUUUAAAUGCACAAUGUGUUGAAUUAUCUACAAAAAUUAUGGAAAUAAUUCAUUUAUUGUAGUUGUUUUGAUUGUACAGUGUAUUUGGAGCAAUCCUAUUAAUUAAUUAUUGCUAUUUUAAUAGAAUUAUAUUGAUUUAAGGACAGCUUGUAUUCUAAUCCUAUUUAGGGUUAUAUUGCUAUUUUGCAUUUAAUUAUAAUUUCACAUUUCCAUUGACUUGUAAUUAUGGCAUCGAUUUUGAACACCAUCAAUAGCUGUCAAUUAUUUAGCAAAUGUUUAAAACAAAGCUUUAACUUAAUGAAGGUUCCCACUCGUAAUAGAGGACCAAUAUGCAUUCCCAGGAAACGUCAUCCUGAAUGGCUCCCAAAACCAACACGUGUGCAAAGCAAUGAAAAACUUACUCAAGAAAACAAGGAAUUUAUAUCAGAUGUUGUAAUAUCCACAAAAGGACUUCUUAAUCCUCCAAUUAAUACACCAUUGAAUGCAACAUUAAUUCCAACUGCUACAGAAUGGACUGCAAAUUCCAAACGCACUGGUUUAAUUGGUAAAAAGCUAGGGUCAUAUCCAAUGUGGUUAAAAAAUGGAAAGCGAAUAAUAUCUACUCUAAUUCAGAUUGUAGAUAAUGAGGUUGUAAAAUAUAUACCACCAGAAGAAUUUAACCCAGUUGUACGCACUAGACAUAAGCAAGUUAAAGUAAAAAAUGGUUGUCUUGUAGUAGGUGCAGAAAACAUUGAUCCGCAAUUACUUACUAAGGAGUACUAUGGAAUAUUUAAUAAAGCUGGGGUCACACCUAAGAAAAUGCUAAUGAGAUUCAUAAUUUCACCAAAUGCAGUUCUUCAGCCAGGAACUCCUUUAAUGGCAACACAUUUUAAACCAGGAGAGUAUAUUGAUAUUCGAGGAAAGACGAUAGAUCGUGGCUUUCAAGGUGUUAUGAAAAGAUGGGGAUUCCAUGGUAUGCCUGCUUCUCAUGGCGUAACUAAAACGCAUAGAAGACCAGGUAAUAUUGGUGCACCCAAAGCUAGGGUAAUGCCAGGCACUAAAAUGCCAGGGCAUAUGGGAAAUCGUUGGCGUAUUUUAAAAGGUGUUAAGAUAUUACGAAUCAACACUAAAUAUAACGUAAUUUGGGUAUUCGCUUCGAACGUACCAGGAGAGACAAACACCCCGUUGUAUUUAUAUGAUACGAUCCUCCCAACAAAACGAAAUACUUCACCUAAUUUCCCUACAUUUUUGCCAAAUGACAAGGACGAAACUGAACUUCCUGAAAAUCUUUAUGCGGACGAUGUUCAUCCAUUUAAUGACCCCCCAAUUGUAUUUGAGCCAGAAUCGUAAUUGUAACAACGUAAUUAAAUAAAACAGCAUUUUCGUGAGAAAAACAA